AUGGAAUAUGGCACACGACAAAUAAAUAAAUUGAACGAUAUAUGGACAGGGGUCAACAAUGCACACUUUGUGUUCAAAUCUUUUCCACCAACACCCUUCUACCUAACUCCUAAUUCGGAUAGAAACACAUCUGCACCGAAGAAGAGAGAAAAAAAAGUUGAUUUUGCGUUACGCAUUUGGAUUUUGGUCACGACGAUUCGAUUCCAUUUACUCAUUAAAGUGUGA